CACUGAGAGAGUGAUGACUUCACAGCGAAAGCAUUUGACGAAGACCGGCGUGGAUGACUAGCCAUGAAGACCACAAGUUCCGAGUUCCGAUCAUAGACAUGUGUGCCUGAACCCGGAACUCUAAAACCUAAAACCCAACCGUCUCUCCUUUCUACACGAAUAAAAGUCCUCCCGCCGUUGCUUCCACCCAAAUCCACGUCCUCCUCCUCACCUCCGGCCUCACGCGAGGUUUCCGUCUCAUCGACACUUCUCCAGGCACUAGCAGGAAUCGAGACCAACCUUCGCCGCAUUCUAUUAGCGAGGUUUCCGUCUCAUCGAAAUUUCUCCGGGCACGAGCAGGAAACGUGACGAGACUUCGCCGCACGGUUUCAGUCCAUUUCACCCAAAGUUUCAAUCCUUUUCUCCUGUUCGUCUUCCCUUCCUUCUCAGAGAAUGAUUUCCAUCACACCCCUGAAAGCCCAUUCUGCCCCUUUCGCAAUCCCUCUCCUUCCUCCCCCUUUUUUGCGAAUCUCACCUCGUAUUCCAUGUGCUCUGACAAGGAGAUCUAUGAAGCUUCGUUGCGAAUUCGAGUUGAAGGGCAACGGUGCUCUUUCCGGCGACUCUGACCCCCGUGCAUUGGACCGGCUUAAGGCAUUGGAAGCAGCAAUGAAUGAAAUAAACAGUUCAUUUGGCAAGGGAAGUGUUACAAGAUUAGGAAGUUCUGGUGGUGCUUUAGUAGAGACUUUUCCAAGUGGUUGUUUGACUUUAGAUUUUGCUCUAGGCGGUGGUCUUCCUAGAGGACGAAUUGUAGAGAUAUUUGGUCCAGAAAGCAGUGGGAAGACUACGCUAGCUCUACAUGCAAUUGCAGAAAUACAGAAAUUGGGAGGCAAUGCCAUGCUUGUUGAUGCAGAGCAUGCUUUUGAUCCUGCUUAUUCCAGGGCAUUGGGAGUCGACAUAGAAAAUUUGAUUGUCUGCCAACCUGACAAUGGGGAAAUGGCAUUAGAAAUUGCGGACCGUAUGUGCAGAUCUGGAGCAAUAGAUCUCAUUUGCAUUGAUUCAGUAUCAGCUCUUACUCCAAGGGCUGAAAUUGAAGGCGAGAUUGGGAUGCAACAAAUUGGUUUACAGGCCCGUCUAAUGAGCCAAGCAUUGCGUAAAAUGUCAGGAAAUGCCUCAAAAGCUGGUUGUACUCUGAUUUUUCUAAAUCAGAUAAGAUACAAGAUUGGGGUGUUCUAUGGAAACCCUGAAGUCACUAGCGGAGGGAUUGCCCUGAAGUUCUUUGCAUCACUUCGUCUAGAGAUACGCCCUAUUGGAAAGAUCAAAUCUGCAAAAGGAGAUGAAGAUAUUGGAAUUAGGGUGCGUGUUAGAGUGCAGAAAAGCAAAGUAUCGAGACCAUACAAACAAGCUGAGUUUGAAAUCAUAUUUGGUGAAGGAGUUGGCAAAUUGGGUUGCCUUUUGGAUUGUGCUGAGUUGAUGGAUGUUAUUGUCAAGAAAGGAUCAUGGUAUAGCUAUGGAGAAAAUAGGCUUGGCCAAGGUAAGGAAAAGGCAUUGCAGUAUCUGAGAGAGAACCCUACUGUAUGCAAUGACAUGGAAAAGGCGGUUCGGCCAAUGAUGAUGGACGUAAGCAGGCACAUGAGCCUCUUGGCUUUUGGUCAGUUAUCGACUGCAGAAGAGGAACAAAUAAAUGACGAGAAAUGAAUGCUACAUCAAUCUUGCAAGGGAAGGAAUCAUCCGUGUUUGAUGGGAGGUUUUCAAUUUUGGCCGAUAUGCUCAAUGCUGCUACUUAUGCACGCUAGUAUUGAAGAUGGAAUCACAUGACACGAUCUUUGGCACGAAGUGUAGUUUGCUUUCGAAAGCUUACACUUCCCUCACUUUUAAAUUCCGUAGGUGACGAGCUGAUUAGAAAUGAGAAUUCAUAUGUUAGAAUUGGAACGCUACCAAACUUGAGCUGGGUGGAGUUUGAUCCAAUUCAGAGUUGAUGCAAUUCAAAUUAGGUCAGAUGAGAUCCAUUCUCGCUGGAACUAGAUUAGCCACAGUCAAUCAAUAUGCCAUAAUAUUCAAUUUUCUUAAAUUGUUCCAAGUUCUAUUGAAUUGGUUAAGGAUGGUGGUCGAGAUGAUUUUGUUUUGUGGAUUGAAGCUGAUAUAGACACCAUUAAGAAUGUAAUAUAAUCCAAGUAUUUUUUCUAAACCUAAUUAUUUUUCUUUAUUAACGUUUUAUUAUUAUUAUUAUUAUUAUUACUAUUAUUCGUUGUUUACAUCGUCAUUCAUUUUAGGUUAGAGAAGAGGUGAGUAAGAGUUCUGAAUUAAUUGAGAACCAAUAGAAUUCAGUUUGUUCAAGUUUUAUUAGAAAAUUCGGUUGAUUAACUUAACCAUGGUUUUCUUGACCACAUGUCUACGGUAUCCUUAUCAAUACUGAUGCAAACUCCCGGAGUGUAAUCACCUUUGAUACAACUAAUCAAUGGUGAUGCGGCGGCAAACUGUUGUUCUUUUUAUCCACGAAAAUGCACACGCCCGCUUCUGUCACAAGCUUCGCUAGGAUCAUUGAAGAGACGAGGGCGGGGCUUUUCGCGGCGAUCAAUGCCAUACCUCUCCCUGAGGUGUAUGACUGAAAGUUUUCUAUUCGAGCAUCGAAGAUGGAAAAGCUCUAAUAUUUGAGGAAUUUUGAAGCAUUUCCUCGCGCCGAGGAGCACCUAUUACAGAAGACCCAUUCAGGGGCUAUUGAUUGUUGCUUUCUGUAAAACUUCACUCUUCUCGCGCUUCACAUUGUAGUCCUGUUUUUAUGGGUCUUACCGUAAUGUCUACAUUAUUUGUACACGAGAUGCAAUAUUACCUCACUACCACUAUUGUGCAUCAGAUGUCUGUAGAUGUAAAGCGAGGAGAAAAACUUCCUAUUCAUAUAAAUAUGACAUUCCCUUCCUUACCUUGUCAAGUUCCAUGUGACUUUUCUCUCUUUCCACUUCUAAGUGUUGAUGCCAUUGACACGUCUGGAAAUCAAAUAUUUGGAAGUCUCUUUAUACUCACGUUGACAAAUUGAGGCAAGAAUGAGUAAUACUCAACAAGUUAUCUCACGGGACUGUACAUAGUGCGAGUGUAAAUCCAUCUACCUCAGUUGGUGAUCUGUAGGAUUGCUUUAUUAUGUGGAUGAUGGAAGUAGUAAGAGGGGCCUCUUUUAUAGCCAUUAUAGUUCUCCGGCCUAAUAAGAUGGCUUAGUUUUCCUUAACCAAGAAGAACUUGACUAUUGACAAAGUGAAGUGGAAUUGCUUUCAAGAAAUCAGACAUUAGCUUCA